AUGGCCAGUAGCGGGGGACAAUUUUCAAUGUUCUCGGCUCGGCAUAUCUUUCCUGAAAGCAGUCAGCCGGCGCGGCUUCCUGCAAUGAUCCAGCCUACCAGAGUGUAUGCCACUGGGCUUGUAAAUCCGAAUGGUGCCAUGGCCUCGACCGCGACACCAACCUUGAAUGGCAGCGCAAUGCAGCCUUCUGCUUUGGAAAGCACGAAUCCUUCGCAGAGGUUGAACGGACAAUUUGCGGUUGCUGCAACGACUCCCACUGCCAGCAUUGCAUCCACAUUGCAUGCAUCCAAUGGUACGACUUAUCGCCCGCGAUCGUCGAUUCCGCCAAGGAUGCCUGCAGCAGUAUAUGCUCAACAGUGCGUUGAAGCAGCGUAUGCCUCUCGACUCAACCCCUACGCCCUGCACAAGAAUGAGCAGGAUGCGCUCCAGGACCAUUUGUGUCAUCUUCAAGUCACUAUGUAUCUGAACAUCCGAAAUGGGAUUUUACGCUUGUGGACGCGAAACCCAAUGGUGAGCGUUACCAAAGAGGAAGCACUAGGAUGUACGAAAGACUAUCGCUGGGUGAACCUUGCCUCAUUCGCUUAUGAAUGGCUCAUCAGGAAUGGAUAUAUCAAUUUCGGGUGUGUGGAGAUUCCCGCCGCCCUAGUAAGUCCCAGAAAGGGUCGUCGGAAGGAUGGCCCGGUAAUCGUGGUCAUUGGCGCAGGUGUGGCAGGCUUGAGCUGUGCGCGACAAUUGGAGGGACUGUUCCGCCAUUACCAUGAUGCCGACUCGUCUCCACGGGUGGUGGUCCUGGAAGGCAGGCGAAGGAUUGGCGGUCGUAUUUACUCGCAUCCGCUACGCAGCCUGCAGUCCUCGAAAUUGGCUCCAGGUCUGGUGCCGAAAGCCGAGAUGGGCGCGCAGAUCAUCGUGGGGUUUGAGCAUGGCAAUCCGUUGGAUCAGAUCGUUCGCGGCCAGCUAGCUCUCCCCUAUCAUCUGUUGCGUGAUAUUUCAACGAUCUACGAUGUUGAUGGCUCUGCGGUAGACGAACCCCGAGACGCAACAGCCGAGAUGCUUUAUAACGAUGUUCUGGAUCGUUCGGGGUUCUAUCGUCACAAAUCCGUGAUAGUCCCGACGGCGGAAGGCGAGCGAGACUUGAUUGAUAACGGUCGUGACAUCGUGACUAACGAUGGCCUGACUGUCCGACAAUACGAAGAGGCCAGGGCUGCCGGUACGAUUGGACUCCUGUUUCCUGCCAAAAAGGUCCGUAGAGGUGUGGGUCACAAGACAGCAGAAAUCAAACCAGUCGGUGCUCCUUCAGCAAACGCGGACAGGAACGAAGAGAACCCAACCAAGCUCGCUUGUCAGACAAUGGGCUGGAGUCUGAAACAUGGAGUCUCAGACACUGAGAAAAUUAAUCUAGAUCCCAUAGCCAAGGCCUCUCGGAAUCAAACUCUGGGGGCCGUCUUAGAUGAGGGUGUCCGGCAAUACCAGCACAUGCUGCCGCUGACACCGAAGGACAUGCGAUUGAUGAACUGGCAUAUGGCCAAUCUAGAAUACGCAAAUGCAGCCAACGUCGGCAAGCUCAGUCUCUCAGGUUGGGACCAGGAUAUGGGCAAUGAGUUCGAAGGGGAGCACUCGCAGGUCAUCGGCGGAUACCAGCAGCUUCCGUUUGGGCUGUGGUCAUUGCCCACCAAGCUUGACGUACGUCCAAACAAAGUCGUUUGCAGGGUCUCUUAUGAUCAAACUGGCCGCGGCAAACAAAAAGCCCUUAUCCAGUGUGAAGACGGUGAGAGCUUCAUGGCGGACAAAGUCGUUUUCACAGGCUCCCUGGGCGUUCUCAAGCAUCGAAGCAUCCAAUUCUCCCCUCCUCUUCCUGAAUGGAAAUUGGGAGCAAUCGAUCGGCUAGGUUUCGGGGUCAUGAACAAGGUGAUUCUUGUAUUCGACCAACCCUUCUGGGACACGGAACGUGACAUGUUUGGCCUGUUGCGCGAGCCCCAGAACCGCGACAGCAUGAGACAAGAAGACUAUUCCGCCAAUCGAGGUCGGUUCUACCUCUUCUGGAAUUGCAUGCGAACGACCGGUCUGCCUGUGCUCAUAGCCCUGAUGGCCGGUGACGCCGCCCACCAAGCCGAAUGCACGCCCGACGCCGAGAUCAUCGCCGAAGUGACUAGCCAGCUCCGCAACGUGUUCAAGCAUGUUGCUGUCCCCGACCCUCUGGAGACGAUCGUCACCCGCUGGGCCAGUGACAAGUUCACUCGCGGAAGCUAUUCCUUCGUCGCCGCCCACUCCCUUCCCGGCGACUACGAUCUCAUGGCUCAGUCGAUCGGCAACCUGCACUUUGCCGGCGAAGCCACCUGUGGCACUCACCCUGCCACCGUGCACGGCGCCUACCUGUCAGGCCUCCGCGCGGCCUCAGAAAUCAUCGACCACACCCUCGGACACAUCGAAAUCCCUACUCCUCUUGUGCCAGAAAAGGGUGCCAAGGUCGUCCCACCGGGUGACAUCCUUCACGCUCCGUCAACAACAACACCCACAACCGCAACCACCGGCCAAAAGCGCAAACAACAGCAUCAUCCCUCAUCCGCCGCCACCACCUCCUCCAUCCACCCACUCCUCUCCAACCCACAACCCAUCGACCCCAACGACCCGAACCCCUCCCCCGAGUCCCUCCGCCGCGCCGCCUACGACAAGGCAAUGUGGGCGGCCAUCACCGCGGAAAUCGGUGCGCCCUUGCCUCGUCCCGCCCGCGCCGUCCUCAACCCAUUCCUCCUCUACCAGAAGGACGUCUGGACCCGGUGCCGCGCCCAGUGCGACGAGGCCCGGCGCGCGGCCACCAACGACCCCACCGCCAAAGCGCCCCGCGACGAGAUCCGCCAGGCGCUCGGCCAGAUGUGGCGCCAGGCCGACCCGGCCGAGAAGCGGCCCUACCUCGAGCGGAUCGAGGCCAACCGGCAGGCCAACGCGGCGGUCAUGGAGCAUUGGCGUCGGGAGGUCGCCGAGUGGGAGAAACGCGCCCUGCAGGUUCGGGAGCGGUGGUGUCGGGAGCAUCCGUUCGACGGUAACAGCAGCACCAGCAUAGUCAACAGCACUUCUGUAUCGAGUGCCGGGAACGCUCCUACAUCUAUACAAGCUAUGGUUCCCACUGCUCAGCAGCAUCAGCCACAGCCACAGCAGCAAGUGAACGACUCGACUCAUUCCUAA